UAUUUAUGAGGAAAAAAGUAAAAUUUUUUUAAUGGAAUCUCUGAACCCAUGGCUUGAUUUUGGUCCUUUCCCUUUCGCUGAAUGUUCUUCAUCAACGUGGUCGCCAUGUGAACCUCCUUCCUAGGGUUUCUUCUUUAUCUCUCUCUCCUAACUUUGGCCCGCGCCUCUGAUUCCUCUGGUUUUGCARCUGGGUUUUCUUUUACAUCUUUAUCAAAUCCCGUUUCUCCGUUUGAUUUUCGAUUCAAUUGCGUAGUUUCUGUCGCGCUCGGAUGAUUGAUUUCUAUGGCGUUUUCUGGCUAGGUUUACUGAGUUUUGUAAUUGGACUGAGCACAAUUUUUCGAUUUACUGUGCCCAAACCCCCAUUUGCCUAAUUCCAGAGUCCAGGAAUUCACUAUCUCAUCGGCGUUGAUCUGAAAAACUUUUGAAUUACCUUCUCCGGUCUGUGUAAUUUAGUUCGGUAAUGGACGACGGGGAGCUUGAUUUUUCAAAUCAAGAAGUGUUUUCGAGCCCUAAUAUGGAGCUUCCUAGCAGUUGUUCAAUGGAUAGUUUCUUUGAUGAACUUCUCAAGGACACUCAUACUUGUACCCACACCCACACUUGCAAUCCACCGGGCCCUGACUAUUCUCAUACCCACACCUGUUUUCAUGUCCACACCAAAAUUGUCCCUGCCCCAACUGACGACAAGGUCGUCACUGAUGACACUGCAGAAUCGACCGAGAAGAAGUCGAAGAAACGCCCGACGGGCAACCGAGAAGCGGUUCGUAAGUAUCGCGAGAAGAAGAAGGCCAGGGCAGCCUCAUUGGAGGAUGAAGUUGUUAGAUUGAGGGCUUUGAAUCAGCAUUUAAUGAAGAGGCUGCAGGGUCAGGCAGCACUGGAGGCUGAGGUUGCUAGGCUCAAGUGUUUGCUUGUGGAUAUUAGGGGCAGAAUUGAAGGGGAGAUUGGAUCUUUCCCUUACCAGAAAGCUGUUAAUCCCAACCUGUCCAACCCAAGCAUCCCUGGUGCUUAUGUGAUGAACCCAUGUAAUAUGCAGUGUGGGGAUCAGGUUUACUGCCUCCAUCCUGACGUUGAUGGCAGCAGAAGUGGUGAAGGCGCCGUGAUAAAUGGACAGAGUUUUGGUGCUUGUGAAUUUGAAAAUCUUCAGUGUUUGGCAAAUCAAGACUCGGGAUUGAAAGAGCUACCUGGGUGCGAAAUAGGGAAUGUGAUUCCAAAUGAUAUUUCUUCAGCAGCCACGAAGAAAAAAGAUAUGGCGAGGCGUUUUCCAUAUGUAGCACUCCGGGUUGUAGACACAUUUUGAAUGAUGAGAAUUAGUUUAGCGGAGUUGUAAUUAGUGGAAGUAGUAGGGGGUUAUGAGUGAAUGGCCUUUUUAUCUAUGAAACCAAACAAAAGGCAGCGCGUCCUAGUUUCUUUGCUUUGUUCUCCAUUUAUUUUAUUGCAGUUUCUAAUAAGCAAUUUAAGAAUUCUUUUUU